GAGAGAGAGAGAGAGAUGGAGAGAGGCAGGGAGGCAGGGAGGGAGAGCGCACAAACAGUGUUGCCUUUACUGUCAGCUGUGGAACGAUUCAGUCAUCAAUGGACAGAGUACACACGUAGCCAGUAGCAUAGCCUCUUUCAAUGUACCUUCAUUUCUGCUAUGAAACGGAGGGAAGUAUAAUCAAAUCCGGUUACCUAGUUUCGCUUUCAUCGUUUAUAUUGCAGAUUGAAAUGGAGACAACGUUGUGUUAGCGCGCGCUAUUGAUUAGACUCCAAUAGGCUUUAUUCCUUGCGGAAGAUUUGUUUGAUCUCAACCAUACUUUAACAAUGAUGGAGUAUUGGAGGCAGUGCGCAUUAUGGCUGAUCAACUGCAAGGUGCUUCCACCCAACCAUCGGGUAACAUGGGAGUCCGCCCAGGUAUUCGACCUCGCUCAGACACUCCGAGAUGGAGUGCUCCUGUGUCAACUUCUCAACAACCUCCGACCCCAGUCCAUCAACCUCAAAGAGAUCAAUCUCAGACCGCAGAUGUCACAGUUCCUGUGCUUGAAGAACAUCAGGACAUUUCUCUCCGCCUGCUAUGAGAUAUUUGGCAUGAAGAAGAGUGAACUCUUUGAGGCCUUCGACUUGUUUGAUGUGCGGGACUUUGGAAAGGUUAUGGACACAUUGUCCAAACUGUCCCACACCACGAUUUCAGAACAAACCGGAAUAAAGGCUUUUCCGUCAGAGGAGAGUCUAGAAGAAGAUGAGGACAUCUAUAACCACCUAGAAGACCUGAUUGAUGAGAAAGGUGUGGAGGAUGAGGAGGAUCUUUAUGACUGUGUCUACGAUGAUGAAGACGGAGGAGAGAUCUAUGAAGAUCUGAUGAAGGCUGAAGCCGUCCCUCCUCCUCUGAAGCAGGUAGAGACAGACAUCAGGAGCUGCUGUCUGACAGAGAUCAAGCAGACUGAGGAGAAGUACACAGAGACUCUGGACUCCAUAGAGAAGUAUUUUAUGGCACCUCUUACGACAUUCCUGUCCUCAGAGGAGAUGAAGAAAGUGUUUGUCAACAUUCCGGACCUGGUUAAAGUUCACAAGAGUCUCAUGGUGGAGAUCCAAGACUCUGUCCGCCAUAAAAGUGCUCAGAACAUCUACCAGAUCUUCAUCAACUACAAAGAGAGAUUGCUAAUAUAUGGGAAAUACUGUAGCCAUGUAGAAACGGCCAUCGUUGCUUUGGAUGACAUCUGCAAACACAGAGAGGACAUCCGAAUGAAGCUGGAGGAAUGUGCGAAGAGAGCCAACUAUGGAAAGUUUACACUGAGGGAUCUGCUAGUGGUCCCUAUGCAGCGGGUACUGAAGUAUCAUCUUCUUCUACAGGAAUUAGUGAAACACACUCACGACGCGGCUGACAAGAGCAAUUUGCGGCUGGCGCUGGAUGCCAUGAAGGACCUGGCUCAGUACGUCAAUGAAGUGAAGAGAGACAAUGAGACUCUGAGAGACAUAGCCCAGUAUCAGAAAUCCAUCGAAAACCUUAAUCAGUCUCUUAGUACCUAUGGGAGACCAAAAGGAGACGGAGAGGUACGCGUUACCUCAAUCGACAAACGUGCCAAACAGGACCGGCACAUCUUCCUGUUCGAUGCUGCUGUGAUCGUCUGUAAGAGGAGAGGAGACAACUAUGAGAUGAAGGAGGUGAUCGACCUGCACCACUUCAAGAUCACCAACAACCCCACGUCAGAUAAGGAGAACAGGAAGUGGUCCUAUGGGUUCUACCUGACACACAACCAGGGGCAGAGUGGCUUCGAGUUGUUCUUCAAAACCAAGGAGCUGAAGAAGAAAUGGCUGGAGCAGUUUGGCAUGGCCAUAUCCAACAUACGUCCAGAGAACGGCACCAGUAACUUCCAUGAGUUCAAGAUGCACACCUUCGACAGAAUCACAUCCUGUAGCUACUGCCACAUGCUGCUAAGGGGCAUCUUUAACCAGGGGUACCUGUGCUCCAAGUGUGGUGUUGGAGCCCAUAAGGAAUGUCUGGGGAGGUUUGGCAGCUGUGGAAAAACAGAUCCGGGCUCCUUCAGAACUCAGGAAAAAUCAGUGCAAGGACGGCGCUCAGAUCCAGGGUUACCUAAGAUGUUGGUGACGAGGAACUAUUUUGGCGUGCCAAGUCCCAUAUGUGGCCCGCCCCUCAACAUCCAGCAAGGUGACAUCAUCGAGCUGGUCUGUGCCGAUCUACACAGCUCCUGGUGGCAGGGCAAAAUUCUGUCGACGAGAGAGGUCGGCUUCUUUCCAAGUGACGCCGUGAAGCCGUGCCCAUGUGUCCCCAAACCUGUCGACUACUCCACACAACCUUGGUUUGCUGGGCCCAUGGAGAGACUUCAGGCUGAGGCAGAGCUGAUCAACAGAGGGAACAGCACCUACCUGGUCCGCCACCGGAGCCGCGAGUUCACAGAGUACGCCAUCAGCAUCAAGUACAGCAAUGACGUGAAGCACAUCAAGAUCCUGACCAGAGAUGCCUGCUUCCACAUCGCAGAGAACAAGAAGUUCAGGAGUAUAUUAGAACUAAUUGAGUACUACAAACACCAUUCAUUGAGGGAAGGCUUCAGAAGCCUGGACACAACACUGCAGUUCCCCUACAGAGAGCAGGAGAAUGCUGCUAUGCUCCACACCAACAGACCUGGAGGAAACACCCCAUUGCUUUGUGGGCUGACUUAUGUAACUCCUGCCGGCUACAGCUUUGUUCCUCCCUCCUCCGCUCCUUUCUGGUCAGUGUUCACCCCUAAGGUGAUGGGUGUGGCGAUAGCCCGCUAUGACUUCAGCUCCAGGGACACCAGAGAGCUGUCUCUACAGGAGGGAGACGUAGUGAAGAUCUACACCAAGUCAGGAGCCAAUGGCUGGUGGAGGGGAGAGGUCAGCGGCAGGGUGGGCUGGUUUCCAUCUACCUAUGUGGAAGAAGGAGAGGAGUGAUAAAGAAAAUACUGUUUGGUUUAGUACUGGACCCUCUAUGGUUGAUCUGACAGCUUGCUGAGAUGGGACUUCCUUAUCUGGGAUUCCAGCCCUCCUAUUGGCUGUUAAGUCAGCGACGUCCCAGAGACCUUUGGGAAAAGAGGGGUUUCUCGAUGAACUAGUGACUGGUUCUCUCUGCAACAGACUAGUGACUGGUUCUCUCUGCAACAGACUAGUGACUGGUUCUCUCUGCAACAGACUAGUGACUGGUUCUCUCUGCAACAGACUAGUGACUGGUUCUCUCUGCAACAGACUAUUGACUGGUUCUCUCUGCAACAGACUAGUGACUGGUUCUCUCUGCAACAGACUAGUGACUGGUUCUCUCUGCAACAGACUAGUGACUGGUUCUCUCUGCAACAGACUAGUGACUGGUUCUCUCUGCAACAGACUAGUGACUGGUUCUCUCUGCAACAGACUAUUGACUGGUUCUCUCUGCAACAGACUAGUGACUGGUUCUCUCUGCAACAGACUAGUGACUGGUUCUCUCUGCAACAGACUAUUGACUGGUUCUCUCUGCAACAGACUAGUGACUGGUUCUCUCUGCAACAGACUAUUGACUGGUUCUCUCUGCAACACACUAGUGACUGGUUCUCUCUGCAACACACUAGUGACUGGUUCUCUCUGCAACAGACUAUUGACUGGUUCUCUCUGCAACAGACUAGUGACUGGUUCACUCUGCUCUGCUCCACCACUUCAACAGCUUUGUUGUCAGCAGGGGAAGGACCUUUGCCAGAACCCAGCUCUCUCCUUCCGUCCCUCCCUCUCUUCCUCUCUCCCUCUCUCCUUCCCAUCCACCUCUCUCCCUCUGUCAAUACUGCUACCGCAAGUUGUCGCUGAAAUAUUUAAAUGCCGCCCAUCCAGCUAUCCAUCCAUCCAUUUACCCAUCUGUCCACACCACCCAGAAUAUAGCUAAGAUUGUCUAAGGAUUUGGAAAAGUGAAAGAGAAAAUAGAGAGAGAGAGAGAGAAGAGACACACACACAAACACACACACGCACACACAGGGCGGCAGGUAGCCUUGUGGUUUGAGCGCUGAAAGGUCGCUAGUUCGAGUCCCCAAGCCGAUAAGGCUAAAAAUCUGUCAAUGUGACCUUGAGCAAGCUACGUAACCCUAAUGCUGUCAUGAAACACUUCCCACACCCAUCCUCACAGAUUACAAUCUCUGCCACUGAACACGACACACGCACAGGUUGACGUUUAUUGAGAUGAAUCUAGUCCUGGAGGCAGAGCUGAGCGAUAUUUGUUAGCUGGUCCAGCCACAAAGUCAAAAUUGUUUAUAUCGUAACAAAUAUGAGGUUUUUGGUCUUAAUUUAGGUUUAGGCACAAGGUUAGCAGUGUGAUUAAGGUUAGGGUUAAGAUUAGGGAUUAGGGAUUUUAUGACUUUGUGGCUGUGGCAGCUAGUGACCACCCUGCACAGCUGCCUCUAGUACAUGAGUCAUCCCAGUAAAUACCAACCUGCCACACACACAAAAGAUGAGAGAGAGGGAUGUUGGGGGAUAUCAUCGCCACCCAUCAUGUUCUCAUCUCUCCAGCUGUACAGCAGGCUGGGUUAGGGGCUGUCGCUGUGUGUUGAUCUUAUAGGGACCUGGCUGGUUUGUCAGGGAACAAGCUAGUGAUGUGAUGCUACCCUACGACGGACGCAAGAGGCCCCCGCUCUCUCUUCUCUCUCCGCUCUUUCUCUUCCUUCUGACAGAAAACAAAAGGGAAUACUCUGAUUGGCCUGUAAACACUGUCUCCUGUUAUCCCUACUGAUGGGGCCUCCAGCCCUCUGUCUUCUGUCUCUUUCUUUCUUCGUCUCUUUCUCCCUCUCUCUUUCUCCCUCUCUCUUUCUCCCUCUCUCUUUGUCUCUCUCUCUCUCUUUCUCCCUCUCUUUGUCUCUCUCUAUUUCUCUCUCUUUCUCCCUCUCUCUUUGUCUCUCUCUCUCUCUUUCUCCCUCUCUUUGUCUCUCUCUAUUUCUCUCUCUUUCUCCCUCUCUCUUUGUCUCUCUCUCUUUCUCCCUCUCUCUUUCUUUCUUUCUCUCUCUUUCUCCCUCUCUCUUUCUCUCUCUCUUUCUCCCUCUCUCGUUCUCUUAUUUUAACCCCGCUUUUUUUCUCCCUUUCUCCUUCUCCUUUUCCUCAUCUCUCUUUUCUCUCUCCACUCCCCCCUCCUUUCUCCCCGGAAGGGGGUUUCCAGUAGAAGUUCCAGGCAGUGCUUUCCUUCCUUCAUAAUCCUCUAAUGAGAGGGAUUUACGACAUUUGAGGGAAUAAUGACUUCACAUCAAAACACACUCAAAAACACACUCAGGCAGGCGGAUCAGGCCGUGUAAUAAUGUAAAAGUCACCACAGACAAUGCAGUGUAAUAGUCAGUACAGAAGAAAAUGGGAGGUGAUGUUAGCCAAAUCACAGCUCACACCAGUGAUCAGUGUUUUCAUUCAUACGGCUUUUUAGUCCCAAUGCAAUUGCACCAGGAUCUGUAUGCCGUAGUCUGAACCCUCUGCCUUUGAUUGACAGGUUUAUGGUAUGCCACAAUGUGUUAAUUACAGUUCUGUGAGGUCAUAGUUCAGGUGGUGGCGUCUGGGAGGAGAGCUGUUAGACAAACACACAUGCACAAACACACACGCGGGCACGCACACACGGCACAGCCAUAACCGUCUUCAGUUCACCCAUUCAAUAUCCAUACAUACGUGAUGUAUAUAUUAUUAUAAAGAUUAUAUUGGGCAACAAAACGUAUGAAAUCAUCAGGGUUGUAACUAUAAAUGGGAGGUAUUCAAUGCCUCAGCAAUGUCCCUGUCUUCUGGGUCGUAUUCACUAGGCACCAAAUGGGAGCAAGCAGACUUAAACAGGAAAGGGACUACCUGAACAAUAAUAAACGCUCAUAUUCGUUUUCAAUUGUUUUGCUAUGGUGUGCACUAAUGAAUACAACUCUGCUGUCUUCCUGUGGUUCUUUGGUGUGUUGAUGCUGGUCAUUGAGGCACAACAUGGAUUAUGAUGUGAAUCUGGUCCUUGGAAUGCUGGGAAAUGUAGUGUUUUACCAUACUGUAUGUCUCAAUGGAAAGUAGUGUUUGAACUGUAAUAAGGAAUCAGUGGAGUGAAAGACUGUCCUCUCCUGUGACUCUCCUGUGCUUAUUUGAACUGUUUCCCACCACAAUGGCAAUAUGCUUUUUUGAAGUGAAGGCAGCUCAAAUUCCAGCUUAACUAUUUGUUUUAUUUGUUUUAAUGUGCAAGCCAUCUGGAUAAUGUCUUGAUAUGAUGAAAUGUGUAUAAGAGAUGUAUUUUUAUUUUUGAAUUGUUUUGAUGGAAUAUGAUAGUGUGUGUACAGGUUGCAUUGUGAAGUGUCCCCAUCCACCCCUGCUCUGUUUUCUAACUGCAGUGCAUGUUAGCUACCACCAGAUGGCAGCAGCAUAAGCACAUCUUUGCCCUCACCUCUUUCUCUGCAUGUCUCUCCUCCACCUUCAACCAUGCUUUACUUAUGGCCUCUUCCUAUGACAGUGUGGACUGGGGGUUGUUUGAAUUCAUUAUGAGAUGCUUUGGGAGUUGCCUUUAAAGUGAUAGCCCCACCAUAGACAUAACAGAGAGAACAUUUCCGGUUGCAACCAGGUUUUUGAAGCAUGGGAUCUAGUAAUCUACUAACACAGAGAGAUAUGAACAGCCUUUCUAAGCAUGGGAUCUAGUAAUCUACUCCCCCACCUUUUCCGCGAGAGGUGAACUGCGACGUUAAGGGGUUUACACUAGCAGGGCUUCUUCCUUCCCUGUGUGUGUCUUUAUCCUCUAACCAGAGAGAACAGAAUAAAGCCUCAAGGGUAUCAAUGAUCUGAUCUCUACACUAUCUUUCCUCACCUAGCACACCCACUACAUCCAACAAUCUGUUCAUUUCUCUCUCUCCCUCUUACUAUGCCCUUGCUCCAUCUUGCCCUCUAUAUCUAACUCUCUUUCUCUGUUUCUCUCUUUCUCUGCUUCUCUGUAUUCUCUCCCUGUCCUUGUCUCGGUGAAGUGGUUGAAACCCAGCACUGUAUCUUCAUACCAGGAUAGGAUAUACAGUAUAUACUCUGUUAUAUUGUAAAAUAGAGAGGAGAUGUUUCAGUCUACUCCACCAGACAGCCACAUACAGACUUAUUUUCAGUCUUUUGUGGCUGAAAUAACCAUCAUCUCACUGGAAGUCAUGGACAAGCCAUUAAAGCCUUUGCUUACAGAUAAGAAGCCAUAGUUAUAUUGCUCAACAACAGAACGGUGUGCUGUCUCUACUGUGUCUCUCAGUUGUGACACUCUGUAUAGUGCAUUGUUCACCUUGUUAGAACAUCGUUUAUGAAGCCAAAUAUGUCUACUGUACCUAUAUUUGAGUGUAAACACCAUGGCAACCUGCCACUGUGGCCUCACUAACCUACAGCCGUGCAAUCUGAGUUCAGUGUGGAACAUAACCACAUAGAAUUGUAUCAUACUGUAAAUAUGUAAAUAUCACACAAUAAACACAAAUGUAUAUGGCUUCUUUUUAA